GUGUAAUGGAAAUCACAACAUAGUCUAUAGUCUGAUAUCAAAAUUGAAGGCAGCGGCAAAUUUGAAAGAAAGCCGCGUCUACCGUUUGUCGUAGAAUUUCAUGUUUAAACAUUUACAGUAAAGACAUUUCUCUCAUGUUCUGAUGUAACCGUUCGUGCCUGAAUUCGCAUCGGCGAAACGUGAUUGUCAAACGAUUAGUGGUUUUCCCAGAUAGUCGUUGAUUUGCCGUGCUUUUUGGACAUUUUCGAGUAACAUCUAAGUUAUAAUCACACAAUUUUACGUCAUUGAAGGUAUGACUAAUGAGAUGGUAUAGACGGCAAGCAGGCUCGCCGCACCGGUACCAGCGGCCCCCUGGGUGAGCUGUUCGAUCAUGGUCUCGAUUCCUACACUGCCGGUCUCAUUCCAUCCGCCAUCUACUCCAUCUUCGGCAGGGGGUCCACGUACAGCAUCGUACCCUUUCGCAUGUUCUUCACUAUGUGGAACGUACUGAUGAACUUCUAUCUCUCGCAUUUCGAAAAGUACAACACGGGUGUACUUUUCUUGCCCUGGGGGUACGACUUCUCCAUGUGGGGGACCAUCAUCACAUUCUUCAUUACAGGGAUCUUCGGAUCCGACAUGUGGCACUUCCGCAUUGGCAGCUUCAACGCGGGCAAUAUAUUCGAGAUGCUGUUGUACGUCUCGUCACUCAUAUCAAACGUACCGGUUGUGAUGUACAACAUUUACCUUUCCUACAAGAACAAAACGGGCCAUAUGAGGCCGUUCAGCGAAGCAGUGCGACCUCUAGUCUCCGUUGGCUUGUUCUUCUUGGUUACUCUAGUCUGGGUUCUGUACUCACCAUGUAACAUUGUCGAAAAAGACGCCAGAGCUCUCUUCUUUUUGAUGGGGACAAUUUUUUCUAAUAUUUCUUGCCGUCUGAUAGUUGCUCAGAUGAGCCACACCAGGUGUGAGAUCUUCAACUGUCUAUUAAUUCCUACCUCAGUGGUUGUUGGUAUUGCGGUUGUCACCAGGCUACAAACGUUAGAACUGUUUUUAACGUAUGCGCUGUGUGUAGUUGCAACAUUAACGCAUCUGCAUUACGGAACAUCAGUGGUAAGACAAAUGUGUAAGCACUUCAAAGUAAAUUGCUUCACACUAAAGGAUCGCACGGAUUGACUCCUUGCCGACAACGCAUGAGAAUGUGUUGUCUCUCGGAGCCACCCUCAGGAGGUGUUAUUAUUUAUGAUCCAUACCACUUGUUGUAUAUAUUUUGUAUAAUUUGGACUUACUAGUGUAACUUUUUGUUGUUGUGUGCUGAGGGUGCGUACAGAGAUCUGCCUAGUUAUUUUUAUGCUAUGAUUUUUGUAAUGAAUUCUAAAAGACUUUUUUAUCCUCUAUUUUGUGCCAGUAUGCAUUGUAGGUUUUUGUUAUGUGAAAAUAAAAUUCAUCAAUUAUAUUCGUACUUCAUUUGCGGUUUAUGUCGUAUUUGUAUGGAUAUGUUUUGCGGAUGCCGCAGGGGUAUUACGUAAAAUAUCGAUAUAACGUCAUUACAAAUAGGUAAUCUAGAUGAAAAAUAAAGGACAAUCGUCAUCUAUGCCUGAUGAAGCAAGUAAGCAG